UCUUUACGUUUUCAAGUCGGUCUUCGAGUUCAAUAACGCGUUUAAUAUAUAUAUUCGAGCUGUUUAAUUAUUAAUUACUAUUGUCAUCAUCGAAACGUUUUUCUUUUCCAGUAUUUUUUUUUGUCCUUUUUAAUAUUAUUAGUCGAAAUCUCUACUUUAUGAUAUUAAUAUAUAUAUUUCAUGUGAUAAUUAUAAUACAUAUAUUUCAAGAAAACCGUCAAACGAACAUGCAAGAGAAUUUAUACGUUCUUCGAUCACUAUAAUAGCAACCUGUCAAUUUGUUUGAUCCGUUACUUUCGAUCAUCAAUUCGUCUCGUCUUUUAUGUAUUUCUUUUUUUUCUUUUUUUUUUUUUUUUUUUCUUUUCAUUCAAUCACAUUACCAUUUGUUUAAACCGAGUUUUACAUGAACUUGGUUUGGCUUAGUAAUCGCAAGUGUACGAUGUUAUGCUUGAAAAUAUUUCGGAAUAUUAUUGGAAUACUCUCGCAAAGGUACGAGGAAAACCUUUACCUAGUUUCGAGAGAACAUUGUUCGUCAGGUGAGUUCUCGUGAGUUUCGAAUUAAUGACAAUAUAUGUCAAAUUUUGUUUUUGAAAGAAAUUGAAAAUAUCAUGUUCGCGCUAAAGAGGUUAGGUAUAAGUGUCAAUUGACAAUUUAGAUUUUUAUCAUAAAUGAGAAGCAAAAGGUACAAUCGUUUUUAACAGAAACUCAGCCAAGAUAUUAAUCCUUGGCUCGAUUGGAUCAUGCAUUCAGCGACUUCACGAUCGAGCCAAUCGUCUCUGCAAUCUUCCGUUCCGAAUGCAUCAACAUCGUCUCUUCUGCAACAACAACAGCAACAAUACCACCAUCAUCACCACCAUCAUCACCAGCAGCAGCAGCAGCAGCAGCAGCAACAGCAGCAACAGCAGCAACAACAACAACAACAACAACAACAACAACAACAACAACAACAAAUCCUUUACGGACCUAUCGUCAAUCCAGUAAUACCUCUUCAGCCUUAUGCCCCAGGAAUACAUCCAACAUGUAUUUAUCCUACAGUUCAACGACACGCAGGAAUAUCAACACCCAUUUCUUUGCAAAUGCAAGGUUAAAUUCUAGAGAUCGCUAGUAAUCUGUUUACAAUCAACCAGCCCGAUUCUUUCAAUGAUCGUUAACGUAAACAUUCUAAAUAUACACCUAGGCAAGGCCAAUAGGUGGCAAUUCAAGAAUAAGAUUAAUCGUGGCCAA